AUGCCCUGGCCAACACCCGGAAACUCCUCAGCCACUCGAAACCUGUCCGCAGUGGGAUGGCAGGGGCUGCUGGAUUACUUGUCCAGUCGCCUGCGGGCUGCGGGCCGUGAUUAUACCAUCCAACAUCCGAAAUUGGCCCAGUCAGAGAGACAACAAUUUCUUGAGGCCCUGUUCAGCGAGAUCAAAAUUUCCACAUUUGCUCUUGCUACAGCCAACAUCAAGUUCCCAAAUCGCAUCGUCAUACCUCGUUGUUUCGGUCAAAUCUUUCACCUCUUUUAUGAGAGUGAGUUUGCCGCCAUUGACCCUCUCCUGAUCCACAUCGUGGCGGAGGCGGGGGAAGGUGAGCGAGAUCCAAUCCUCAGCCAUUAUGUGGGAGCGUGGUGGCUUCCGGGGGAGGAACGCAAGAAAUAUUCCUUAAGCGACCUGGUGGCGAUGUGGCAUGACCAGUCUGCCAUUAUGACGCGCUCUCUUCCAGAACCCCCCGCAACAUCCCUUGUGCUUUCAGAGCUAACCCUGGAGUCAUUGCGGGAGGCAAGGUCGCUGCUUCUGGCUUCCAUAGAAAUUGUCGACCAAGAAAUCGCUACCAAUCGCGUCGCCCGAAAACGCGUCAAAACGACCAUGCAGACCUUGAGUCAGGAGGAAGCUAUGUGGAAGAGGACUUUGAAAGAGGAUCCUGGUGAAUGCGAGUUUGAUGACACCACGGUUUUGCCUCCCCUUCCACGCCCCGUCGACAAGGACGAUUGGAAGAAAUUCCAUUUCUAUGUCCUUGACCGGGUGUGUGUAGCUAUCAAGAAGGCAUCACAGACACCGAUCCCAAGGGAGAGGCAGCAGGGUUUUUACAACCGGUUGUACACAGAGUUUCUUGUCGGGACUUUGGCGUAUGGGAUUUCCUUGGCGUACUUCGGGAACCCCUUCCUUCCCCAGGGUUCACUCGGCAUCAUCCACGAGUGGUUUGAAACGGAUCAAUUGUCACCCCGAUGCCUUUUUGAACGGAAAGUCCCGUCGGAAAUGCUGACCAUGAACGAGCUUCACCAGCCUUCGUGGCUGGACAAGGAUGACAUUGCAUAUGGCGAAGAUGUGGACCCAGUCCCCGAGAUAUAUGCCGAAUGGCUUCAAUCCCUUGACCAACUUCAUCCCAUCUCCAAUUUGUCCUUGGAGGAGCUCCUUCAUUUGCGGCAAAAGAUUGUUAUCCACGCACGGCAGUUGGGUGAACUUCGCUAUGACCAUUUGGCCCGAGCGCAGGAGCUCAAGGAUAGGAUCUUCAGAUGCUGGGCUAUCACUUAUCGUUGGGGGAAACCAUGGAAAACGGCUGCAUUCAAAUCCACUUCCUCAGAGGUCUAG